AUGACAUUCAAUAAAAAUGAUAUAAAUACAAUAGAUGAAGCAAAAGGAUAUUCCAAUUAUUAUGGAGUCCUUAAACCAGAAGAAAAGGCUAUCUUUGAGAGUAAUCUUUUAAAACCAAAUGCAGAACAAAGAACUAACUCUGUUCCUUAUCAAUUGGUUAAUGAAAUUGGUAAUAAUAAACCAAUUGAUAAAGUUGUUAGUCAAUUUGAAGAUGUUUUAUUUUAUGAAUCUGAUUAUAAAUAUUUACUUGAUAUUGAAUCAAAAAAAGCAGAAUUGGAAAUUUAUUUGGAUGAAAGGGCUAAAAAAGAAAAAGAAAUUGCUGGACUUAGGGCAAAGGUUGCACCUAAUUUAGUGGAAAAGGAAGAACAUUAUAAGACUUUAGUGAGCCAAAUUGUUACUGAUUUAAAAAUUGAUCUUCAAACCCCAGGAAGGGGUGGUAGAAAAAUUCUUGAUGAAAUAGUUAAAAUCACGAGAAGGGUGGCAAGCUCCACAUUUGAAAUAACUAAUCCAAAAGCUGUG